CACGAUCAGAUGCCCCGAAGCCGAAUCCAAUAUCCUCAUCAGCUUCGUUUCGGAUGUAACAUAAACCCGACCCGCUAACCCUCAGCCUCCGUCCCCCAUCUCCUCUCCCCCCUUCCGACGACUCCAAAUUCCGUACGCUUCGCGGAAAAGACUUGCGAGAGGAAACAAACCUCGAAGGAAGAAAUCCAAUGGCGUCGAGUUCUUCAUCGCAUCAAGGGGAGAUCCUGAAGUUCGCUCCUCUUCAGAGCUUAGUGGACGCUGGAUUCUGGAGGCGCUUCUCUUCUCUCAAGCUCGAUACUUUGAGGAUCGACCAAUCCCCCAUCAACAUCACUGGAUUUUAUGCACCUUGUUCCAAUACUGAAAUAUCAAACCACUUGACGCUUCUUUCCGAGUCGUUGUCGCCUGAACCCAGCGAGCAAUCACCAGAAGUUGAAUUUAGACGUGGUAAUCGAAACAGAUGCCCCGUUCCGGGGAUUCUUUACAACACCAAUACAUUGGAGAGCUUCCGUGCACUUGAUAAGAAGAACCUAUUGACGAUGGAAGCUAAGAAGAUUUUUGAAGACAUUUGCUCUGGGAAAGUAGAGGAGGAUAGUGCAGUACUUUCAAGGUUUCUUCUAAUCUCUUUUGCUGAUUUAAAAAAGUGGAGCUUUCGUUACUGGUUUGCAUUUCCUGCUUUAGUACUUGAUCCUCCAGCAACCAUACUUGACCUGAAACCAGCAUCAAAUAUGUUAAAUGUUGAAGAGGCAGAAUCCUUAGCUGCAGCGUGUAAUGAGUGGCGUAAUUCAAGUUUGACUACAGGGAUGCCAUUCUUUUUGGUUACUAUAUCUUCAAGUUCACAUGCUACUAUCAGGCCACUGAAGGAUUGGAAAGUUUGCCAGGGCAAUGACCAAAAGUUGUUGUUUGGCUUUUAUGAUCCAUGUCAUCGUCCAAAGAAUCCUGGUUGGCCUCUACGCAACUUCUUUGCAUUCAUUUGUCUGAGAUGGAAGCUAGAGAAGAUCCGCUUUUUAUGCUACCGAGAGAAACAUGGUCUGGCUGACAUGGAAUCAUCCCUUAUUGGUGAAGCCUUGAUUUCACUACCACAAGAGUGGAGAGAUCCUCAGUGCAUACCAAAAGCUGUUGGGUGGGAAACUAAUAUUGAAGGUAAAUUGUCUUCUAGGAUCAUCAGCCUUGCAGAGUCCAUGGACCCAGAGAGGUUGGCUGUAUCUGCUGCAGAUUUGAACUUAAAGCUCAUGAGAUGGCGUCAAUUGCCUUCUCUAAAUUUAGAUGCCUUGUCUAGUGUCAAGUGUCUACUCCUGGGUGCUGGUACACUUGGAUGUCAAGUUGCUCGGAUGCUUAUGGCUUGGGGCGUUAGGAAAAUAACACUGCUUGAUAGUGGCCGAGUAGCUAUGUCUAAUCCUGUCAGGCAGUCUCUAUAUACGUUUCAGGACAGCCUCAGUGGUGGGAGCCUAAAAGCUCAUGCAGCAGUUAAAAAUCUAAAGGGCAUAUUUCCAGCUGUGGAAGCAGAAGGCAUUGAUCUGUCUAUACCAAUGCCAGGACAUCCAGUGCCAGCUCAAGAAGUAGACAGGGUGCUUGAAGACUGCAAGAGUCUUCAAAAGUUGAUCACAGCACAUGAUGUUAUUUUCCUAUUGACAGAUACGCGAGAAAGCAGAUGGUUUCCAACUCUCCUUUGUGCAAAUGAAAACAAGAUAGCUAUCACAGCAGCUUUAGGAUUCGACAGUUACCUCGUCAUGCGUCAUGGAGCCGGUCCCAUAAACUCAACACUUAACAAUAAUGAUCACUCUAGCAUCACAGUCAAUGAGGCUGCUCAGAUGGGAACAUUGUCCACAAAAGACGCAGAUGGGUCAUGUCGGUUGGGGUGCUACUUUUGCAGUGAUGUUGUUGCUCCUAUAGAUUCAACUUCAAACCGCUCAUUAGACCAACAAUGCACAGUAACAAGACCUGGACUAGCACCCAUUGCUUCUGCACUUGCUGUAGAACUGCUAGUUGGAAUUUUACAUCAUCCCAAUCGGAUAAAUGCUCCAGGCGAGAUUGCUAACUCUAUCAUAGGCAGUAGCGAGCAACCACUCGGCAUAUUGCCCCAUCAGAUCCGAGGCUCCAUUUCUCAGUUCUCUCAACUUACACUUCUCGGCUAUUCUUCAAGCAGCUGCACAGCAUGUAGCAGUGCCGUUGUGUCAGAAUAUAGAAGUAGAGGAAUGGAGUUCAUCCUACAAGCUAUCAAUCAUCCAACCUAUCUUGAAGACCUUACUGGACUAACAGAGCUGAUGAAAUCAGCUUCUACAUUCCAAUUGGACUGGGAUGAUGGAACCGAUGAAGAUGCCGAUUUCUGACGUUUUGAAACUGCUAUACACUGUUUGAAAACACUAGGCUAUCACUUGUAUCAUAUUCCCACAAAUAUGCGGGAUCAUUCUUUUAUCUCAAUUGAAAGCAAUACCCUCAAAAAAGAAGAAGAAAGAGACAAGUCUUCAGUUGUAUAAUGUGUAAUCUAUCACUGAUAUUUAAUGACCUGGAUUUCUUAUCAAAUUCUUGAUGUUUUACUGGCUGA